CUUCUGCUUAUUUGAAGUCUCAGUGGUCACUCUCAGUUCAGACACACAGCCUUUUCUUCUUCCUCUUUCUUACAGAUUUUCUUUGUUUGUAUGAAUCCCAAGAUUUUGGUCUGAAAACAAGAAAAAAUAAUAACAAAACGACGUUCUGUUCUUGUCUUUGUCCCGUUCGCCACUUCACAAGCUUUAAAAGUUCACACCUUUCGAUUCUUUGAAACAAAAGAACGCUGCGUUCAGAUCCUCAUAAAUUCAAUCCCACGAACCCUAAUUUAUCUUCGAUUUUUGAUUUAAAUGCAAGACCCCACGGGUUUUCAGCAACUGAAAUCACCGGCGUUUCCAGAGCAAGAGCAGCUGAAAUGCCCGCGCUGUGACUCCUCCAACACCAAAUUCUGUUACUUCAACAAUUACAACUUAUCUCAGCCCCGCCAUUUCUGCAAGAACUGCCGCCGUUAUUGGACCAAGGGCGGCGCCCUUCGUAACAUCCCGGUCGGCGGCGGCACCCGCAAGACCACCAAACGCUCCUCUUCCUCCUCCACCAACAACCCAAAACGCCACCUCAACCCAACUCCUGGCCCGAUCCAACAGCCGCCGACGUCGUCAUCAUCGGCAAUGUUUCCCCAGCAGGUUGUUUUGAACUCGGGGAUUCAGAAUUCGGAUUCGGAUAUCGACCCUACCCGGAUGUAUCUCUUGCCGGUUAACCAUCAGGAUGGGAAGGUGAUGAAAAUCGGAGGGAGCUUCAGCUCGCUGUUGGCAUCGAGUGGACAGUUUGGAAACCUUCUAGAAGGGCUUAAUUCAAAUGGGUCGGGUUUUAAAACGGCGAAUAAUUAUGGUGGAGAUUUGGAUUCGGGUCGUGGGAUGGUUCAGAGUUCGGAUCGGGAUCCGGUAUUGGGAGAGAGCAGUAAUAAUGGGGAGAGUUAUUUGGGUGGUGCGGAUACAAGUUGUUGGAGUGGCGAUAACAAUGGCUGGCCUGAUCUUGCUAUUUACACUCCAGGUUCAAGUUUCCGGAGAUAGAAUACUUGUAUUCGCUAAAACUAUUAUAUUCUUUUAACUAUUUACUAAUUACAAUUUUAUAAAUAAAUCAUAUUUUUGUUGUAUUGAGAUAA